AUGGACAAGGCCAUGUCAACAAGCAGCAAGGGGAAGAUAGAGCAAAUGCAAGAAAUCCCUUAUCAAAAUGCUGUUGUUAGUUUGAUGUAUGCAAGUAUUGGGACACGUCAUGACAUCACAUAUGCAGUGAGUCGGGCAUGCCAGUUUGCAAAUAAUCCUGGGAGACAACACUGGAUUGCAGUAAAAAUAAUUCUAAGGUACCUAAAAGGUACAAGUUCACAAAAGCUGACAUUUACAAAAUCAAAAGACACCAGCUUGAAAGUAUUCUGUGAUGCUGACUGGGGGUCAGAUGAGGAUGAAAGACGUUCCUACACUGGAUACCUUUUUGCAUUAGCAGGCGCAGCUGUCAGCUGGGAAAGUAGGAAACAGCCCAUAGUUGCUCUUUCUACAACAGUGGCGGAGUAUAUGGUGCUCACAGAAACUUGGAAAGAAGCACUUAGUAUAACAAAGACUUUGUGA